AUGUUUCUCUUAGAAACUUGUAUAUGUGAUGUCGCGCCAAAAAAUGAAGAUCCCAGUGAAGCAUCACAAAAUGUUUUUGCCUUUACAGGCACAAAUCCUUCAACAUCUUCAAUAGUUAAAACAACAAGCAGCUGUGAACAAGUUCCAUCGAUUAGCUGGUCAGUUCGUCCAUCUUUAACUACGACAUCAAAGUCACUGGCGAUAGCUUCAUCUCACGAAAUUAUGGAUGGAAAUUCUGGCUUUUUUAUGGUUGAAAUUAAGUUGUUAAGUGAUGAAGAGGUCCCAUUACAAAUGGAGGUUACAAAUGACUGCCUAGGUCGAGCACUAUUCAAUCAAGUUAUAGAACGUUUGGGUGGAAUUAUUGAGAAAGAUUAUUUUGGCUUACGUUAUUUAGAUCGGUCAAAACAACGACAAUGGCUUGAAAUGUCUAAAACUGUUUACAAACAAUUAAAAUAUGUUAGUCCAAGAUCUUUAAAUUUCCGUGUUAAACAUUAUCCAAGUGACCCUGUAAAUGAAUUUCGUCAAGAGAAGAGUCGAUAUCUACUUUAUCUUCAAUUGAGACGUGAUCUUCAUAGUGGAAGAUUGAUUGGAAGAAAUUUAGAAAUGCAUGUACUUGCUGCAUGUAUACUACAAGCUGAAAUAGGCGAUUAUAAUAUCUUGUCAGAAUAUUUAGGACCUGAAGGUUCGUUAGCUGACCUUAAAAUGUUUGCUAAUAUAACUCCAAAAACUGAGGCAAAAAUUAUGGACAUAUAUAAAUCUUUAAAGGGUAUGUCAAUGGCUGAUGCUGAAAGCAAAUUCCUUGAUCAUGCAGCAAAAUUUGAAACAUAUGGUAUUGAACCCUUAUAUGUUCAAGAUCGUAAAGGUAAUCACUUCUAUAUGGGUUUGAAUCAUGAAGGUGUGAUCACAUAUCGAGGAAGCAGAAAAGCACACGUUUUCAAUUGGCAGAAGAUAAACAAAAUAAGUUAUGAAGGCAAAUUAUUCAUUAUUCAAGUGGAAUGGGAACAGCGUCGACAUACUCUUGGCUUUAAAUGUCCAACACCUGAAGCAGCUGAAGCAUUAUGGAAAUGGGCAGUUGAUCGUCAGUGUUUUUUCACUUUAAAUCGGUCAGUUGAUGCAAAGGAAUCGAAAGCCAGCGGUGGUUUAUUUAAACGUCGUCAGUUUUAUACUUUCACGGGACGUUGUCAAAAGGAAUUAAUGUUACUCAACUCUAGUCUACCUGCUAUACCACAGCCUAAUGUUUCACGGAGUCGAAGUCUACUGAAUUUGGCAAAAAGUGUUCAUAAUCAACGACAUUCUCAAAGUCAAAAUGAUUUAGAUCGUAAAUAUGUGGACAGUAAUGACAAUCUUCAAGAUGGUACACCUGGGACAGGUCGAUUAAUUAAAGGUUUGGAUUAUCAUCAAAGUGCAUUAGCGACACAUGGAAACAAUAACAAGUUAGACGGUAUAGAUGAUAAUGUAUUUAUGAAUAAACGAUUAACUGAUCAAUUUGGUGGAGGUAUGAGGCAACAACAAAUAGGAAUGUCCACAGAUCAACAACAAUUAACAAAUAAAAGUAGUUUAUCUACACCCAAUUUAACAAUUGUUCCCGGUUCUAAUAAAUAUGAUAUCAUACAUACUAAUAACACCGAGGAGUUAUCCACAAUUCAAGGAAAUACACUACCCGAAAAAAUAAAAUGUAUGAACCAAUUAUCACAAGAUGGAGGAGGAGAUGAAGAAGAAAAGACAGUCAUAAGAGAUGUAAAUGAAUCAGAUAAAAAUGUAGAACAACACAAGUCAAACAUGAAUCAAUUCACUAGUAAUAUAUUGAAUAAAAACACUUCUUUUACACAUCUUGAUGAAGAUGUAGAUACUGGAGUCAAUUCAGUAAGUUCUGAUGUUGAAGAAAAUGCUGAAGCUACAGAACAACCUAAUCAAAUAGAUAAAAACUUAGAUAAUGCUGAUGAAAUAGAUGAUGAAAAUGAAGAUCUUAUCGAUAAUAUAUUAAAAUCAGGUAGUAAUUCAGAUGUUUAUCAAAAGAAUAAAGUUGGUAAUUGGCUUGGAGCCAAUGGAAUAAAAACAUAUAAAAAUACUCAAGAUGAAAUGCCAAUAUCUAUAGAGAAUGAAAAAGUGAAUAAAGUUUCUAUGAGACAAUAUAAUAAACAGUUGAGUGUAAUGAAUGAUCAACAAUCAAAGAUUGAAUUAGAUGAAUUAUCAGUUGUAAAUAAUUCAUUUGAAAAGAAAGUGAAAAAUACUUCAUUCAAUGGGAUAAUUAAUACUUAUGAUAAAAAUCUUCCUAUGUAUAAUGAAGAAGUAUUACAGAGAAGUAAAUUUUCUCAAUCUAUUAAACCAUCUGUUAACUUUGCUAUUACAAAUCAUAUUAAAACUGAAGUAUCUAAUAAAGUAGACAAAAUUAUUUAUCCAAUUUCAGUAAAAAUAUUGAAUAAAGAUAAGAAAUCUACAAUAAAAUAUAAUAAUAAUAAUAAUAAUAGUAAUCUAUCUAAUACAUUACAAGAAAAUGAACAAAUUUCAUCAACAUCAUACCAAUAUAAUAUGAUACCAAAAACAGACAUUUAUUAUCCUUAUGCACAUAAUAUUUCUAUAAAUAAUCUUCCUUCUUCAAUUACAAAUAAACCAAUUUCAUCUAUAAAAUAUUAUCCUAAAAUAUACAAUACAAAAUUAUCCUUAUCAAAGUCAAUUGAUCAACUUCAUAUUAAUAUAAAUGAUCAAUUGAUAAAUAGAGAUAAUCAAAGAUAUCAGCAUAUUUCAAGACUUUCAACAAAAGGAACAACAACAACAACAACAACAAUGUUAAAAGAUUUAUCUCCUCAACCAAGAGAUUGGUAUUAUAUCAAUUCUACAACUACUACUCAUGAUAAUGAUAUAAGUAAUAUUAUCCUUGAUUCAAACGAUACAAAUUUAUCUAAUCUGAAACGGAAUAAUUAUUCAAUAAAUGAACAAUUGAAUAAAAAUAAGCAUAAUAUAUCCAGUGAUAUAAAUAUUAGAAUAUCAAAUGAUUUAUUAUUUGAUAAUGGUUAUUCUCCAUUGAAUAUUAAUCAAAUGUGUAAUAAAAUAGAUGUUGAUAACGAUUGUACUACUACUACUACUACUCCUAUUAUUGAUAGUUUAUGUAGUUAUAUCAAUCUACCAAAUAGUAUGUUAGCACAAACUACAAUUUGUCGUGAUCUAAUCUAUCCACCACCACCACCACCAGUAUCAUCAUCUGAUUAUUUAUCAUCAAUGGGAAAAACAACAAAAUUAUUGAAUAGAAAUAAUUCUUUUUUCAUAUCUCAAUCAAAUCUUAAUAUACAAUCUAAAUUAUGUAAUAAACAAUUAAAUAAUAAUCAAAUUAAUAAUUAUUCUAAUUAUAAUAAUAAUAAUAAUUUUGAAAAUACAAAGUUAAUGUCUAAUUCAUUAGCAUAUUUAACACAAUUCAAUGAUAAAAAUAUAUAUCAAACAUCUCGUGUAAUAAAUUCAUCAUCAUAUUUAAAUCAAGAGAAUAAGAGGAAUAAUUACCAUAAUAAUAAUAAUGGUGAUAAGUUGAUAAAUAGAACAGCUGGUAGUUCAGCAGCUCAUCUUGCUGCAAUGGGUGUUGGUUCAUAUAAAUUAAUUGAUUCAUUGGCUUUAUUAACUACAAGAACAGAUCAUUUAAUUGAAUCGAAUCAGGAUGAUAUUCAAUUUAAUAGUAACAGUAAAAGUCAAGAGUAUCAGACAAAGACAUCGAGUUAUUCAUCAAAACAAGCACCUUCAAUAUUAUCAAAAGCACCUACUGUUGUACAGUCAGAACCUUUUUCAGUCAUAAAAAAUCAAUACAAAGAAGAUGAUAAUGACAAUAUCUUGAAUAGAAAAUCAUAUCGAAGGGAAAUAUUCAAUUCAAAUGGAACAAGUUUUGAAGAUAAUGCAUUUCAAUCAAUGAUACGUGUAACAGACAGAGUACAACACUUUAUGAAUCUUAAUCGAAUAAAUAAUGAAAUAAGUUUAAAUGAAUUAACUAAAAAUUUACCUUCAUUAGCUGAAAAAUCUAAUAUCAUAAAUCAAUCAUCAUCAUCAUCGAAUAUUCAAUCAUUUACAAGUAAUGAAUCAGAUAAUAGUCAAUUAGUUGCAUUUAUUCAACAAUUAAUAUAUUAUUGUAUUGUUGGUUUUAUUGUCUAUAAAAUAUUGAUCUGGUUCAAUAUACGACCACAUUUUGGUUAA